AUGCCGCCACCGAAGAAGCGAAGCUACUUGAAUGCAAACCUUGACCAUAGCAAGCUGCCACAGCCAAAGAAACGGUCUCGUCCUGAAGUCAUUUCCCUAAUCAGCAGCGACAGCGAACCGGAGGCUGAUGAUGUGCACGAGAACCUCAACAACGUCGCGGUUGAGGGCGACAACCGUGACGACCCCGACGGUAACGAUGUCGGCGCAUCGCCCAAAGUUCAGUCUCACCGUCCGCUGAGCUUGAUUGAGCAGUUGCAGUUGGAUGCUUUUGAUGACCUCAAGGCCGACCUCUGCUUCGAAUUGGACAGUCUAUGCGAGUCGGCCAGUGAAGACGCCGAGCAAGGACUGCGCGACGUGCUGCGACAAUGGGCGGGAGAAGACAAGGCAUCACGGCACGCAAGCCAUCUGUAUUACCGGCUGGAUCACAAGUACUGCGAUAAACGUUUUCCGCCAGAAGUGUUUGUCAGACGGGAUGCUACGGUGACCGCAAGCCUGAGUCGAGUCGCAGGCGACCUGGAGUUCGAACUUUUCCUUGCCCUGCUGGACAGGGACGACAGCAGUCCGACCUUGGACUACCUAGCCCGCAGCGUUGUUGACAUUCAAAAUGGGCAUGAGCUAAUCUCGUACAUCCCUGUGGACGACAACAACGUGCUGCAGGCGGGGCCCUCUUUGCUGAAGACCCCCGCCUCUGGUUGUGAGACGGCAAUCUUGAUCAUUCCUCGAGACGGCCUGGUGGACUUUGUGAUGCAAUACAUCGAUAACCUCGCGAACCCCGCCAGCUGCUCCGCCCGAGACCAAAGCCUGGAGGGCGUGGUCAAAUACUUCAUUUCCCGAAUGGUGGACCCAAAAAGCCGCAUUCAACUCCUUCCUAUAUUCAGGGAUCUCUGCAUUCGGAUUUGGCAGCUGGAUGGGUCAAAGGGACUCGCGGUACUUCCCGGGUUUACCAUCCAGAACCUCCUCACAGCACUAGUCCAGGCGGAAGACUGGAGCUUCCUUGAACAGGCUGCUUCCCGGCUCGGGAACCGUACCCCCCUUGCCGUUACUGUCUCUCAGCUCCUGGCCAACGGCGCGGAGAGUGUGGUGGCAUCCCUGGCUUGCAAGAUCGUUGCAGAUGUCGCACUCAUUCCGCGCCAAGAAUUUCCCUCUCUCUGGCUGCCGUUCCUGGGUCACCUCCUCAGGAUCCUCGAGGAACGCAAGGCUCCGCUGUCGGCACCCCGGUACCGCCACCUCUUCGCCGCGAUCCUCGAAACGUAUCUGGCACGUUGUGUCGGCCCCUUUCCGUUUGAGUGGACUCCAAAGCUUAGGCGAACCCAUUGCCGAUGCACCAUCUGCAACCUAUUCACCCGCUUCCUCUCGAGCAGCGUCUCUGUUGCCAGCUUCAGCUGGCUCUCCUAUGAGGCUGUGGGCCACAUCAACGCGACCCUGAUUCACUCCGCAUGGCAUCAGUAUCGGUGUCAGUUUCGGGUCGAAGACGGCAUGCUUGUCGUCAGGAAACUGUACGAGGUUGACCCCAACAUCCGGAAGUGCUGGACAGAAAACAUGGAGAAGGCGACUCUAAAUAUCGGGAAGUUGGACGGUCCAGCUCUGCGCGAAAUUCUGGGCGACGAUUAUCCCCGAAUUCGGAACUUUGAUCAGUCUCAUCAAAUGCCCCAACAAGCUUCGCCAGUUCCUAUCGAGAGUCUCGACGAUUUGUGUGAGGGGACAGACCAGCUCACGACGUCAUCGACUCCCGGUCCGACCACCAGGGGAGCUCCGUCUAACUUUACAUAUCAGCCUCAAGCUGCCGAGAGCUGUCCUCAGUCGAACCCAUCUGAGCCCCCUCCUUCUGGCCAAAGCCCCCUCAUCUCGUAUGCUUCGCUGAAUCGACCCAACCCAGCGACUGCACCAAGGGAUGCGACAAGCAUUAUGCGCAACUUACACAAUAGCUGCGGCAUUAGUCGCAAUCCGGGUCCGGCGCUCGACCUUAAUUUGACGAGCCCUUUCAACCUCUUCUGCGAAGAGUUGGGCGCUAGCCUUCGCAGACGGGGGGGCGGUAUAACGUCCAGGACAAGAUUUCGGACCGCUGAGAGACGGUGGCUGUUGAUGAGUGAGAAGGAAAAAGAACCCUAUAUCUUGAAGGCCCAGACGUUGCGUUCCCCAUCGGGCUCAAACGUCGGCUCGUCGCCACACGCCGCCAAAUCCCCGUCGCAACCUGCAGCCUCUUGGUUUUCAUCGAAUCCGGUGGUCGGACAUUCUGGGGCCAACGUUGGAUCCGGAGCAACGCAGCCACCCACACCGGCUUCGAUCUCGCGGCUGCCGCCCGCCUCUUCUCCUUCAUUAUCGCGUGUGUUCGGGGCCCCCGCUUCUUCUAGCCGCCUCAACUCGUUGCCAUCGGCCCAAGCUCAUAGCCAAGGCAAGAUAGAGACCGUAACGCAAGCGACAUCAGGCAUGGCUGGGAAGCAGCAGGCUGCAUUGGUGAUCGACCUCACCGGAGAUGGCUGA